AUGGUCAGGGGGGCCGCGAGGAAGGACGACCCCCAAAUCACUCCCUCACCCCCCGGAAAAUGUAUGGGCGAUAACUCGUCAGACUCCAUCUGGAUAGGAUCAUCAGAGCGAGCGCCGGUCCGGGCACAGCCCACGCACCUCUCUGCCCGCGCAAGCCUCCGUCAAAUCCAGGGUGCACUUGCAGAUUGCCCAGCGGCAGCCUCCUUGGUGUGCGCCUGUGCCGUUCUUUGCGUGUCCUUUUUGGGUUCUUCUUUUCAUCUCCUUUUACUUUUCUCCGAUUCUUUAGUAUUAAACACAGUCCCUGGUCGUUUCGCUCCGUAUCCAGCUAUCGCCGCCUCCGUUUCCGUCCCGUCGUCUCCGGUUAUGACCGCCAGCCACGGACCUGCUCCGGCAUACUUUGGCGCCCCAGAAUUGUACCACCACAAGGGUGAGCAGCAACAGUCGACGAUGGCUACGAUGGCGACGAUGGCAACGAUGGAGCCUGCGCGCUCAAGCCCACGCAUCGCCCGCGUACCAUAUGCCUUGCAGACGGCCCCCUUGGAUUCGAAAGUCAUUUGCGAAUCGAUGCCUACCACAGCCCUCAACCGGCCGAGGAAACUUUCCCAGGCAUCCACCAUCACCGUCACGAGCGUCAACAACCCGAGGGAAAGCUUUGAGACACGAUCCCGAAGCUCGUCGUACAGUAGCAACAGGACAAGCAUCGAUUCGAGUACCACAAUGUGGCGGCCCGAGUACAUGUACCAACGACCCAGCCAGACAUCCGUCUUUAGGAAGAAGGCGAAGCCCGGGGAAAUUUUUGCGAAGCUGCCCGGAGAGGUCCUGGAGCUGAUUCUGGGCGAGCUCAAGAAGGUGCAUCUCGAAAAGCCGACAGAUAGCUGCGCGACAUGUUGGAUGAGAGAUGUCUGCUCGGUAACCCUGACGGCUAGAAAAUGGUGCAAGUUCGCGCGAGUGGCCUUGUACGAGGAUAUUCAGCUCGUGGGAGCCGACUCAUCAUCUCAGAAAAAGCGACACAAACUGACCUUCGGCACCCGCAUGAUGCUCCUCAGAAGGACAUUGAGAGCGAACUCAUAUCUCGCGGGUAUCGUCCACACUGUCAAGGUCCCCAAUCCCCCUGCCGGGAUCGCGCCGGAGGACUAUCGCAAUCAGGUAGCUGCGCUGAUCAUGGCUUGUCCCAAUUUUGAGCGCCUCAUCGGCCUUCACCCCUCGUAUGACCACUCGUUCAGCAAGCUUUUCCACGCGCUCUCAUCGCGCAAGCGCCUCAAGCAUAUGGAUUGGAUCGUCGAGCCAUCGCCAUUCCAGCGACAACACCGACUCAAGUCGAGCUCGGGAAGCAACAUCGCCGCGAUGACCCAGGCAUCCUACGAUACUUCCGUCACACCCGGCGACCUGCAACCGCACCAGAGCGCGGCGUUCCUCGACUUCCACGUCGACUGGGCCCAUCUCACGACUUUGUCGAUUCACUGCCUCCCCGGCGCAACUCUUACUCCGGAUAAUCUCAUCAGCUCAGCACUGAUGCACCUAACGUCUCUGCAGCACCUUUUCCUCUCGCGAAUGCCGGUGACCGCCUUCAACGACAGCACUCUGCUCUCACUCCCCCCCUUGCGUACACUAUCACUCACCCACGUGCCGGGUGUCACCAGCAGCGGCAUCUCUGCUCUAGCCACCCUACCAACGAGCCAGGCGAUCCAGAGGCUGACUCUGCGCCAUACUAACCUCGACUCCCUGCCUGCCUUGGCUCGUAUAUUUUCCAACUUCACAUACCUCGAGGUUUUUACCUUUGUACAAACCGUUGCGCCCACGCUUCCCGAGGACACCUUUAUCUGGCUCAUGCCAUACCUCGCUUCCUCCUCCCUUCGCAAGCUACACUGGGACAUCACGAGCAACACGACACACGCCAACGCCGCUGACUCCAUCCUCGCCCGCAGCAUCUCCGCCGCCGGCUUCCCCUCCCUGCGCAACCUCCGCGCCCCCAACGACCCCGAGGGCAUCUUCCAAGCUCUCUGCCGCCCGCAGGAGAGGACUGACAGCGCGAGCGACCGCUUCCGCGGCCCCAACGGACCUGCCAGGAGCGCUUCGUUCCCCACCCCCGGCACAAUCCACAGCCCCGUCUCGCCGACGAAGACGUCCCGCUCGCCCACCGCCCCGGCGUCUCCUGUCAUAACCGAGACUGCUCGCGAAUGUACCAACCUCCACGUAGCCCGGCUCGCGGCGCAAGCCCGCCUCGAAGCCGCGCGCGCCGCGCUCCCGCGGUUCUUUUUGAACGUCAUUGACGAGGACGGCACGGUGCUGGAGAAGUACGGGCUCGCGGCUUUUAUCGGCACGGUGGAGAGCCGUAUCACGUAUAAUCUGCGCCCCGACCCUGGCGCCAAGGACGAGCGCGGCGGGCUUGUCGAGAUGGCGGACCUGACGGCGGAUAAUGGCGAGGAAGUCGCUGUCGGGAGGGAAGGCUGUCAGGGGCGGUGGAAUGUGUCUUCGACCGUCUCGGAUAAGAAGGACCGGGAGAGGUGGUGGCACACUGAGAGGGGCCGGUGGCAGCAGCCGGAGCUUGUAUGA